AUGAAGCUCACUACAUGCAAUAGAAGGCCUGGAGGAAAUGCACUCCAGUGUUAUCAGUGUAUACCAGGUCCAUCUGGAACAUGCACAGACACUCAAGUGGACUGUCCCUCUCAGUGUGGCAGUGCAACUGGGGCUACAUACAUGAGUGGUCAAAAAACAUCUGCAAUCAAUAAAAAAUUUUGUGCUACGCCUAAACAAUGCAUCAGUGGAUCAUUCAAUCUUGGAUUGAUGAAAUCUAUCGUCAGCUCCAAAUGUUGCAAUACUAAUCUCUGCAACAAUCACACAGUUCAAGAACUUCCUUCCACUGGCCCCAAUGGGAAAAAGUGUUUCACUUGUGUGGGAGAUGACUGCUCACAAACUUUGAAUUGUGAAGGAGAUGAGGAUCAGUGUGUUGAGACAAAAGUCAACACAGGUGGACAGAAGAUAACCAUGAAAGGAUGCACAUCCAGUAUUAUCUGUUUUGCUCACCUGUUAGGUCAGCCGGGCCCUACAGGUGAGAGAGUGACCUGCUGUGCGGGGGACUUGUGUAACAAUGUCAAGAGUAUCAACCAGAACAUGUUCCUCUUGGUGGUGUCCGUGGUCUCUAAAAUCCUCUAUCACUGA